AUGGAUCUUCGCGUCGACGUCGUCGAGACGAGGCUCUGCCUGGACCAUCGCAGGAGGCCACCAGGUAAGUUCUUCUUCAGGUAAGUGAAUUUGCUUUGUUUGUUCCUUUGUCUGUUGAAGUUCCAUGUUGUAUGCUGCUCAUGUUGUCUGUCCUCUAUAUAUUAGUCUAUCUGUUAACAUCUACAUGAAACUCUUGAUGCCUGCUGCGACUGUUUUUCUGUCUGUCAGUCUAUGCCUCUCUGCUAACAGCUAGGUGUUACUGUGCUUGACUUUGAAUGAUGCCUCCUACUUCUGUCUCUGACUGAUGACUGUGUCUGCCUGUCCAUUGUAGCCAUAAGUCCCAUAGCAUUCUGGUGGUGUGUUUGCUCUCUCCUACUUAACUCCACCACAUCACCACCAAGGCCCCAGUCUAACUCGGGUAGUUCUCUCACUAACAAAAGUCGUGGCCCAUUGUGGAGUCCGGCAGCCGUCUGUGACAACCGGGUAGUCCUAUUUAGGGGGUGCGCUGCCUGCCCUCGCGAGGGGGAGGGAGUUAGAAUAGGCGCCCUAGAAAUUGCUUGGAACAACGCUGUCUGUAGGCUGGCCGUGGCCGCAGACAAAAAACACACGGUCGAAACAGCCUAAACCGAAACAACAAAAACAGCAAUCUCUCUCUUCCGCUUCCAGCCUAUUCUUCUUCUCCUCCUCCUACUUUUCGCCGUCGCAGUCACCAGACUGGCAGAGUGAGUCCGCUCAAACUGGCAGCCUGGAAUGUUCGUUCCCUUUUUGACAAUCCGAGGAGCAACCGACUGGAACGGAGGACGGCGCUAGUGGCACGAGAACUGGCGCGCUACAAGGUGGACAUCGCCGCACUCAGCGAGACCCGUUUCUCCGAACAAGGCCAACUGGAGGAGGUGGGUGCCGGCUACACCUUCUUCUGGAGCGGUCGGCCCAGGGCAGAGCGACGGGACGCGGGCGUCGCCUUUGCCAUCCGGAACGAUAUCAUAGGACGACUGCCCUGUUUACCGCAGAGCAUCAACGAUCGCCUGAUGAGCCUCCGACUGCCUCUCCGACGGGGGGGCAACUUCGCCACCAUCAUCAGCGCCUACGCUCCGCCGAUGAGCAGUCCCGACGCCGUCGCAAGCGACAAAUUCUACGAGGACCUGCACGCCCUCUUGGCGACUGUGUCGAAGGCGGACAAGUUGAUUGUCCUUAGUGACUUCAACGACCGCGUCGGCACAGACCAUACUGCCUGGAGAGGAGUGCUGGGUCCCCACGGUCUCCGCGGCUCAAACGACAACGGCCUGCUGCUGCUCCGCAUCUGCGCAGAACACCGCCUCAUCCUGACGAACACGUUCUUCUGUUCGCCGGAGCGAGGGAAGGCCACCUGGAGGCAUCCUCGGUCGCGUCAGUGGCACCUGCUGGACUAUGUCCUCGUCCGGUGGCGAGAUCAGCGUGACGUGCUGGUGACGAAGGCGAUCGCGGGUGCUGACGGGUGGACCGACCAUCGCCUCGUCAUCUCGAAGAUGCGUAUUCGCCUACAGCCUCGCAGGAGACCCCAAGGUAAGCGACCCCCAGGUAAGCUGAAUGUUUCUUUGUUGUGUUUACCCGCUCACCAUCUUCAUUUCAGCAAUGAGCUAGCUCGACGGCUAGACAACCUUCCUAUCGCUGCCGCCGCCGACGACGCCGCCGCUGCCGAGAACGCCUCCGUGGAGAACCGCUAG